AUGGCCGACCGCAGCGCAGAGCAGGCCGAAAAUGAUUAUUUCGCAAACGAGCCUGUGCCCAAGGACCUGAAGGCGAAUACCACGCUCGCCCGCGAGUUUGUCGGCCGCCAUGCCGAGAGCGGCCGGCGCGUCGUGCUCGUCACGUCGGGCGGCACCACGGUGCCCCUCGAGACACAGACGGUGCGCUACAUCGACAACUUCUCGGCUGGAACUCGCGGGGCCACGAGUGCCGAGUACUUCCUCGCCAAUGGCUACGCCGUCAUCUUCCUGCACCGCCAGUUCUCGCUCCUGCCCUUCUCGCGCCACUACUCGCACAACACGCGCUCCUUCCUCGACUACAUGCGCGAGAAGGACGGCCAGGUCGUCGUCGACGAGCAGCACCAGGCCGAGAUGCUGCGCGUCCUGCGCCAGUACCACGACGUCAAGCGCGACAACAAGCUGCUGAUUCUGUCCUAUGUCACUAUUACCGAGUACUUGUGGAACCUGCGCGAGGUCGCCAAACUGAUGCGCCCUCUGGGCCCCAAGGCCAUCUUCUACCUGGCCGCCGCUGUGUCCGACUUCUUUGUGCCUCAGGACCGCAUGGUCGAGCACAAGAUACAGUCCAACGAGGAGUUCCUAGGCACUGGCGGUGGCGGCAGCGCAAAGCCGCCAGCCGCCCGCACCGAGGGAAAGAGCCUGAUCAUCGACCUUGAGCCUGUGCCCAAGUUUCUCAAGCAGCUUGUCGAUGGCUGGGCGCCAGAGGCCAUGAUUGUGAGUUUCAAACUCGAGACUGACCCUUCGCUGCUGGUCAAGAAGGCCCAGUACGCCCUGAACAAGUACUCGCACCACCUCGUCAUCGGCAAUCUGCUACACACGCGCAAAUGGGAGGUUGUUUUUGUGUCUGAGUUGGACGGUGAAAAGUGGAUACGAGUGCCACGAAACCGCAGAACGAAGAGCUUCUCUGGCGUGCAGUCCCUGGUCGGGUCUGCGGACCCACAAGCAAACCAUGACUUCGAGGCUGAUGAGUCUCUGAGUACGGACGGAAGCGGAGUGCCUCAGGGUGAACCAGCUCUAGAGAUUGAGUCCGUUAUUGUCCCUGAGAUUGAGGUGAUGCAUACCAAGCUCAUAGAGCAGGCUCUGCUGAGAGCUGGUAAAAUGUAG